ACUCUGCAACACAGUCUUCAGACAGAGCUUCAUCAUGGUGUCCAGUGGAAGACAGAUUUUCGGAUUUAUCCUGGCUAUCAUCGGCUUUUUGGGGAGCAUCGUCAUCUGCGCUCUUCCCACCUGGAAAGUCACAGCCUUCAUCGGUGCCAACAUCAUCACUGCUCAGGUGAUCUGGGAGGGUUUGUGGAUGAACUGUGUGACCCAGAGCACGGGCCAGAUGCAGUGCAAGAUCUACGACUCCAUGCUGGCUUUGCCUCAAGACCUCCAGGCUUCCAGGGCACUCGUCAUCAUCGCUAUCAUCGCAGGCUUCUUUGGGCUCAUUCUCGGCUUGGCAGGGGGCAAGUGCACCAACCUUAUAGAAGACGAAACGGUAAAGAGCAAAGUGGCCAUCGCUUCAGGAAUCAUCUUUAUCAUCGCAGGCGUCAUGGUGCUGAUCCCCAUCUGCUGGACUGCCAACACCGUCAUUCGUGAUUUCUACAACCCCGUCAUGUCCAACGCUCAGAGGAGGGAACUGGGGGCCUCGCUGUACCUCGGUUGGGCCUCCGCAGGGCUGCUGAUCCUGGGCGGGGGGCUCCUCUGCAGCUCCUGUCCCCCCAGAGUUGAGAAGGACUACGAUGUGAAGUACGCCAAGACUCGGUCUGAGCACAGCAGCAAGGCCUACGUUUAGAUCUACAGCAGGAAGCAGAAUUGGGACAAUCUGUUUUAAAGAAAUAAGAGUUUAUAUACGUUUCCCUUUCUGUUUGACCCAUGAAGUUAAGUCAGCCAUCUAGAAUGACAAUGCUCAUAAUGUGUUCAAGUAAAUAUGAUGAGUGUGUGGCUUUAGCAUGGGUUUUUGUCUUUUGGAUGCAAGUUGUUGUCUUUAGAAAGUUUAUAAUAUUUUCAUUUUUGUAUUUCUCUAUAUGUGAAUACACACCAGUAUUGACACAAUUGUACUAUUCAUUUUUAAAAUACUUUCACGUGCUCCAUGAUGUGUGAGAUUUAAAAUAUGGCUGCGAUAUAUUAAAGCUGCCUGUGUAUUACAUAUUUUCUGUCUAAGACUGAUGUUUUAUCAAACUAGACGAUUGAUGAUUAUGUGACUGAUUCACAAUAUCUGUUUAAGUUAUAAUUGUCUUCAGAUUUUAUCUCUGUAUUAAUGUAUAACGUUAAAAUGCAAGUAAUUUAUAAUGUAUUGUUUUUUCAGUUAUGACAAAUACCUUGCUGAGCAGUGGAUCUUUUUUUUGAAGUGUUCAUGACAGAAUCCUUGUAAACAGGUUGUGUGAAAAUGUGUGCUACGAGCCAAAGAAAUGUUGCUAAAUAAAAAGAAUGAG